CGGCCGCGCCCCCAUGACAGUCGAAGCCGACAAGCAGCAUCCGCGAAGCUUCACGCCGGCGGCGGUCGACGAAAACAGCGAUGACUCCGAGAUUGCGAGGUUUUACCAAGACCGAACGGUGUUCAUCACCGGGGGAACGGGCUUCAUCGGAAAGGUUCUCCUGGAAAAACUGCUACGGUCUUGUCCGGGCCUCAAGCGGGCCUACCUCCUUGUGCGCAACAAGCGCGGGCAAGAACCGCAGGCAAGGCUGGAAAAGAUGUUCAACUCCGAGAUGUUCGAACGCCUCAAGCGAGAACAGCCCGAAGCUCUAAAAAAGGUAACAGCGCUGGAAGGAGAUCUAACUGAGCCGAACCUUGGACUGAGUGUGUCCGAUCAGGCCGUAUUGACGGAUGACGUGUCUGUCGUCUUUCAUUCGGGCGCCACCGUCAAGUUUGACGAACCUAUCAGGUCCGCUGACAAGUAUGCCACGGAGACUCAACAGGAGUGCCUGUUCGGGCAUCCCAAUACAUAUACCUUGACCAAGAGUUUGGCUGAGUCGCUUCUGCUGGAACAACGAGGAGACACACCCGUCGCAAUUGUGCGGCCUUCAAUUGUCACUGCCGCGAUGAAUGAGCCACUACCGCUAGGUCUGGGGCUGGUACAGUCAGUAUUGACCGAAAAGAGAUGCACAGCUGACUUGAUUCCAGUAGACGUUGUGGCCAAUAUGCUAAUAUGCGUAGCGUGGCAUACAUCUUCGAAAAGAUCCAAGCAAGUGAAGGUUUUCCAUUGCACCAGCGGCGCACUGAAGCGCUUGACCUGGGAAGAUGCAGUUUGUAUGGCAGAGAAGAACGCCUUGCAGCACCCGCUGCCAGGCGCUGUUGGUUUUCCAAAGUUUUCGAUGACAAACAGCAAGCUGAAGCACCAUCUUAAGCUUUGGUGCAUGCAUUAUCUGCCCGCAUGCCUCAUUGACCUCGCCUUGCAACUAAGUCGACGAAAGCCGAGAUUCGUAAGGCGCUACGAGAAGGUUCGUAAAGCCAUGGGAGUUGUCGAGUACUUCGCCACUCAUGGCUGGCUAUUCAGGACAAAUAAUGUCCAGAAGCUUCUACUUGAACUCUCCCGCACGGAUGCGAAGAUGUUCAACUUCGACGUGCGGGCUCUCGAAUGGAGCCACUACUGGAAAAAUUACGUAAUUGGAAUUCGCAAAUACUUGUUCAAGGCUGAAGACUCCAAAGAACCAGACGCACGGAAACACUUGAGACGGUGA